AUGAAAAAAACAUGUAGCAGUGUCUGUUUGGUGUUAAUUCUUCAAUUUUAUCUGAGCAUUGUGGUGACAAAUUCAGCGCCAGAAAGUGCCAUUGUAACACAGAUUCCAGGUUUCAAUGGAACAAUACCUUCCAAGCAUUAUGCUGGGUAUGUGACUGUGGAUGAAAGUCAUGGAAGGAAUUUGUAUUACUAUUUUGUUGAGUCAGAAGGUAAACCUUCUCAGGAUCCGGUGGUUCUUUGGCUUAAUGGUGGACCUGGUUGUUCUAGCUUUGAUGGUUUCAUCUAUGAACAUGGUCCUUUCAAUUUUGAAGCAGCAAAGAGCAAGGGAAGCUUGCCAACUCUGCAUCUCAAUCCAUACAGCUGGACCAAGGUUUCCAAUAUUAUAUAUUUGGACUCUCCCGCUGGUGUUGGAUUUUCAUACUCUAAGAAUGAAACUGAUUAUGUAACUGGAGACAUAAAGACUGCAUCUGAUUCACAUGCCUUUCUCCUUAAGUGGUUUGAACUAUAUCCCGAGUUCCUUUCCAAUCCUUUCUUCAUUGCUGGAGAGUCGUAUGCCGGAGUUUAUGUGCCUACUCUUGCCUAUGAAGUAAUGAAAGGAAUUGACGCGGAUGUGAAGCCAAAACUGAAUUUUAAGGGUUACAUUGUUGGAAAUGGUGUUACGGAUGAACUAAUUGAUGGCAAUGCUCUUGUUCCAUUUGCACAUGGGAUGGGUCUUAUCCCAGAUGAAUUGUUUGAGGAGGCUAAUCGCGAGUGUAAUGGGAAUUUCUAUAAUUCAGUCAGUGAUAAUUGUACAAACAAGCUUGCGAAAAUUGACGAGGAUAUUGCUGGAUUGAACGUAUAUAACAUUCUAGAGCCAUGCUAUCAUGGCACAGAGACGGACAAGAUUAUCACUACUUAUGUUAAGUUGCCGUCUAGUUUCCGGAAAUUAGGUGAGACUGAGAAACCUCAUCCUGUGAGGAAGAGAAUGUUUGGUCGUGCUUGGCCCUUAAGAGCACCUGUGAGAGAUGGAAUCGUACCAACUUGGCCGCAACUUACCAAUAGCAACAAUGUUCCAUGCACAGACGGCACCGUUGCAAACGCAUGGUUGAACAAUGAAGAAGUCAGGAAAGCAAUUCACACUGCAGAGAAAAGUGUGGUCAGUAGUUGGGAUUUAUGCACAGACAAAAUUUCCUUCUAUCAUGAUGCUGGAAGCAUGAUUAAGUACCACAAGAACCUAACUUCCAAAGGAUACCGAGCUCUUAUAUUCAGUGGUGAUCAUGACAUGUGUGUUCCAUUUACGGGGAGCCAAGCAUGGACGAGAUCGAUUGGAUACAAGAUUGUUGAUGAGUGGAGGCCUUGGUUAUCCAAUGGUCAAGUUGCUGGCUUUACUCAAGGAUAUGACAACAAUCUUACUUUUCUGACCAUAAAGGGAGCUGGGCAUACCGUUCCGGAAUAUAAGCCACAAGAAGCAUUGGAUUUUUACAAACGUUUUCUUACUGGAUUGCCAAUAUGA